AUGCUCUCCAGACGGCAACGUCAGGCUCUCAUCGCCGCGACCAACGCAAUCUCCAUUCCCCAUGUCAAGGAGUUGCCGCACAAGGUUGAGGCUGUAGAGGAAGAGCCGUACACGAUCAAGUGUAUCUGCAACUUCCCUGAUGAUGAUGGAAACACGAUAUUUUGCGAGACAUGCGAAACGUGGCAGCACAUUGACUGCUUCUAUCCCGAUAAUCGCGAAGAGGCUCUUCGUGAGACCUUUUCGCACUAUUGUCACCAAUGCAAACCCCGUCCCUUGGACCACAAGAGGGCCAUUGAACGGACGCAAAAUUUACGCAAGGCUAUCCUCGAAGAAGAGGAGACGCACGAUAAGAAGCCGAAGCGGCCUGCAUCAAAAAGCCACAAGAAGAAGCCGAAGCCCAACGACCUCCUCUUGAAUGGCACCAACAACGGCCAGGAUGGCAUCACCCAUCAAAAUCCUGUCGAUGUCCAUCACCCUCCCGCGAAGAAGCCUAAAAUCUCGCACCGUCCUUCUCACUCCAUCAGCUCCCAACCCUCCAAGAAAAGCCCAUCCUAUGGCCAAGCCAAACCUCUUGUCAACGGCCAUCAUCAACAACAGCCAAGUCCAGCCAACACACCUCCCGAUCUGCCCAUGGAUUUCGAACUUCACAAUUAUUCCGCCAAUUUCUUCUCCCUUCACAGUGAGGACGAUGUUCAGAUCGUCCAGAACAACUCGUUUGCGACCCUGAAUAUUUCCAACACGAUGUCGCUCUGGCUCCACGAUCACGAUCGGAAACAAGCCCUUCGCGUGGAGCAAAAGAGCUACUCACCGACCCCGGAGAAGAAGUUGAGGCUGCAAUACCUCACGACACCCUCUGCCAUUGAGAAGGAGGUCCCUCUGAUGGAACUGAACGGAAUGAUCGGAUUUCAGAAUGACUACUGCGCGGACCCCGAGAGCUAUUGGCCAGAACUCACAUCGCCCCUCCCCUUUGUCUUCUUCCACCCUCUCCUGCCUCUUUACAUUGACACUCGAAAAGAAGGCUCCGAAGCCCGCUAUGUCAGACGUAGCUGCAAGCCAAAUGCCGUUCUCGACACCUACCUGUCCGGCUCCGGGUCUGGGGGCUCAGAAUACCACUUUUGGCUCGUCAGCGACAGAGACAUCACCGCCAAGGAGCAAAUAACACUUGCUUGGGACUUCAGGUUUCGUAAUGAAGAAAAGGCGCGAUGGCUUCACCGUCUCGGUCUUGGCGAUGACGAAACUGAUGGCUCUGAAUACCCCGAAAUGGAUGAUGCGGAAUACGAAACCAUCUCCUCGUGGCUGCAUCGCUUACUUUCCGAAUAUGGCGGCUGCGCUUGCGACCUGGGUAGUAAUUGCGCAUUUGCCCGCUUCCACCGGCACUACCUUGGCAGGACCCAGGCCCGCGCGAAUUCGAAGAAGAAGAGGAAGGCCAAGACGCAAAACGUGUCCCCGACGAGUACCGGCUACGCAACCAACAGUCGCGCCGCCAGUGAAGGUCAUGUGGAAGACGGCCUAGAACAUGAUGCUCAGUCAACGUCCUCACGAAGUAAACCACCGAGCCGCGACCGUACCCCUUUCCAACAAAACGGUACCUUUGACCAGCUGGGGAUACUGACCGAGCCGACGGAUCGGGAUAAGCGUAAAUUCGACAAAAUCAAAGUCAUCUCGGACACCGGCAAGCACGACACCCAAUCUCGCGAAUGGCAACUAUGUGGAUGCAAGCACGUCUCGGAGCAACGCUCCCACCCCCAGCCCGAAGCCACGCCGAAGAGUCAUCUCUCUUCCCAGCGCCUCCUGAAUAAUCGCCACCGGCAAAAGGUCGACGAGGUUGACCGCCGCAAGUCCGACGUCGCUCAGACUGAGACUACCGCGAUGGACAUCGACUCCCCUGGAACGGACCAUCAUUCGACAUCCAGCUCCCCCGUUAUGAUGAAGGACACUGUCUCAACGACUGCGACCUCGCCCGCGCCAACACCCGCUGACAUUGCCAUGAUUGAUGCGUCUUCUGUAUCUCCGUCGACGCUACCGGCGCAGGUCAUACCAGAAGGAAUUGAGCCGACGGUGAUUGGCAUAGUCAAGAUCAGGACUCCCGAUCUGAAAGUGCAGAUGCCACCUGUGCCGACCUUUACAAACGCGAUCAACGGUCCAUUGACUAGCAGCGUGAGCCCCUUUGGGCCAUCAGGCGUCAACGGUGUGCAGCCGAGCCCCGUGAAGAAGAAGCUUAGCUUCAGCGACUAUCGGAAAAGUCGGAUGGACAAGGAUAAAGCUACGGUGAAGCCUCCGGGGUCAGCUACACAGUCGAUACCCGAGGAGUCGAAACCCACCACGACCUUGCCUCAUCUAAACGGCGAUUCUUCAACCGUUGACCAGCCAAUUCGCGACGUCGACUAA